UAUCCAACAAAAACAAAUAUGGCGGAUGUUGAACCGUAUCAAAAUCUGUCAAAGAGAAAAAUAUGGGUUCAAUUGAAGCGUUUGGAUGAAAUACAUCAUAUAGACCAAGAUGAGGCAUGGAAUGGCAGUAAUGAUAAAGUGAUCAGAAGUCUGUGUCUUGGAGAGCAGGUUGGAUUUAAUGAAGUCAAAGAUCGACUUUGUGAAGCAUUCCAAAUCCAUGAGAAAGGGGUUGUGUUUAAGUUAAGGAACCACAGAGGGUCUCUGAUACCAAUUAAAGGAAAUAUUCCUAUCAACUCCAAGUCUGUACCUUACAUCUUAGAAGUAGUCAAAGUACACCAAAAUGUGACACCAAAGGCUAAGUCUGUGAAGAUAUUGAACCAAACAGAAACAAUGAAGAAAAGAUUCGAGGACAUAAUGAGACGGGUGGAAAAUAUAGAAUCAGUUGUACCAGAUUUGGAUAUCAGAAGAAAAGAAAGAGUUGAAUUGGAGAUUAAAGAACUAGAGAACAAGCUGGUCUUCCUCCAGAAGCGAUUGAACGAAGCUGAGAUCAGCAAAUGGAGGGGGAUGUUUAAGAAGAACCCUCUGUGGUAGAGGGAAAAUGAAGGGGAUGUUUAAGAAGAACUCUGUGGUAGAGGGAAAAUAGAGGGGGAUGUUUAAGAAGAACUCUCUGUGGUAAAGGGAAAAUCGACAAAUGACUUUGUGCAAUGUGAAAUAGCUACCUCUGAUACCUGGCAUUGUCUGGUAAAUGGACUCAGUAACACGCUUAUUUCUGUCCUUGUCUGGUAUUUAUCUUAACGCCCAUCUUUAGAAGAUGUAUCAUGGUAUGGCAAUGGUCGUCUAUCUAACUGAUUUGUUUUAUUGUUAAAAUUAUAUGCUUUUAGACUAUUACUUGGAUCUGAAGAUGAUGCUUAUACAUAAUAUUGACAAGUACUUACACAGAAAGUUUGAAAUAUUUGGUGAAUAUAGUCUGGAGUUAUGGCCCUUUGAAAUGUGAUUGAUUCACCUGGAAUUGUUACAUGUUAUGUUUAUAACAGGUGAAUAUUGUAUUUUUUUUAUGUAAGGUGAAUAUUGUAUUUGUCCGAGCGUUUCACCACCAUACUCUUACAUACAACUACUGCUGAUCAUGGGGAUCAAACUUGGGUCACAGCAGUGAGAAGGGAGAGUGCUGCCUCUGCGCUACUCAGACACACAAAUUCCUUAAAUUCAGACCAAAAUUGACAACAGGAGAAUUUUUUGAAAAAAGUUUGAUUUCAAUGAAAUAUAUGGUGAAAAAAUAAAAAUUGGCAUACUUUUGGCACUUGGUGUUCUUCUAACUUCGUGUUUCUUGUAUAAAUCUAACUUCUUAUAAAAAUGUCAGGCUCUGCUUUAUUUAUUUUGCUAUGUUAGAUUAACUCUUCAGUUCUUUUUUCUCACCCAUUUAUGGUGUAUCUUUGUUUAUUUUGUUUUGGUGAUAAUGUUUUAUUGAUCUAUUGAAAGCUAUAUCAUAGUAGUGUACAUUGUGUAGAUAUCCACUGACAUUGUGUAGAUAUCCAUGUACAUUGUGUAGAUAUCCACUGACAUUGUGUAGAUAUCCAUGUACAUUGUGUAGAUAUCCACUGACAUUGUGUAGAUAUCCAUGUACAUUGUGUUGAUAUCCACUGACAUUGUGUAAAUAUCCACUGACAUUGUGUAGAUAUCCGUGUACAUUGUGUAGAUAUCCACUGACAUUGUGUAGAUAUCCAUGUACAUUGUGUAGAUAUCCACUGACAUUGUGUAGAUAUCCAUGUACAUUGUGUAGAUAUCCACUGACAUUGUGUAGAUAUCCAUGUACAUUGUGUUGAUAUCCACUGACAUUGUGUAGAUAUCCACUGACAUUGUGUAGAUAUCCAUGUACAUUGUGUAAAUAUCCACUGACAUUCUGUCUAGAGUUAUGUGAAGACUUUAGCUGUAUCCAGUGAAUGACUGAUGGUCAUGUAAACUGCUUUUUGUAACUUCUGAAUUGUAUGUGUACAUGUAUAUUGUUUGUCAAAUGUAAGUAGAAGAGUUGUGUCCCUUCAAACUGGACCAGGAUAUGACCAGACUUUGUAGAUAGCUGCCCUACCCAUUAGAAAUAUCACAAAAUCUUUACAGUUACAAAUUGUCUUAGAAUGUAAUUUUUUUAUUAUUAUUAUUUUUUUUUUUGUUUAAAUGAUUUUUACAAUGCAUUGUACUUGCGGUCACUAAUAUUAAAUUUCAGAGAAAUACAAAUUAUCACAGAUAAUUUUUUUGUUAUAUGUACAGUUGAUUCCAAUACUAUGAAUGAACAAAUGUGUGUAAAAUGAGAUUUUAGUGAUGCCCAUUCUUUACACUCAUUACAUGAAUGAACAGACUCGGACAUGUAUUCAUAAAUCUGAUUGUGUUCAACUUCUGUGACAGAGAUAAAUCUCUAGACAUGAUUCGGUUACAUUUGUAAGCAGACAUUCUUCUGAUCUUCUCUACAAUGCAUUGUUUCUGACCUUUAACCUUUAUUGUAAACUUGAAUACAAGUAAGUGAAUUUUAUUUAAAGUCGGUAUUAUACACACAUAACAAGUCAACACAAGCUCUGUAUGUGCAGCUUUUUAACCGACAAGAAAGAUAACUCCGGAAUUCUUGAAGAAAUGCCUUGAAAUUCUUCAGUGACUUCAACAUAUUGAAUAAAAAUGAAAAAUAAACAACUGAAAUUUAUUUUUUCAUUUUUCAAGCACAGCGAGCGUGUGAUUGCCGUGUUCUGUAGACGUUGGUUGACAUGCUCAUAGUACAUGCAACACUCCAUGUUUUAUGACUGAUUUAUAUUAAUUGUUUAAUUCCAUGAUUAUAUUGACAAUAAAUUUUAUGAAUUGCUA